AGGCGCUGCAGAAAAGAAAGAAAGAAAGAGAGCUCGCGUGCGGUGUUUUUGUGUAGCAUCAGUGUUUUUCUCUCUUGAGUGUUUUAUUGAGUGUAAACAGAGUCUUGUCUCUGUGUAUUUUAGUGUUGACGAUGCAAGAUAAGAUGUGCUGUAAAUCAGUAGGAACUGAUCUGUCCAUGCUGGAUAUUGAUGAUUUCAUCACAGAAAUCUCUCAGCUGAAGAAAGAGGUGGCGUUACUGGAGACAAAGCUGAGGUUAAGAGGAGAUGAAGGACUGAAGAGAGAGGUUUGUACAGCUUGUGGGAGCUCCAGUGAAUGUCUGGAUUCAGUGUUGAUGAUCAGAGAUCAGAGCCGCACAUCACAACCACAGCUGGACUCUGAAGAGAAAUCCAGACACAGACAGGACUCCGAGCUCAGUCUGACUUUACUCUGUUAUACUGAAUCAAAUCCCACAGACACUCAUACAGUGUGUGACAGUAAUCAGGAUGAUGAAUCUACUGAUCAAACCUCCACAGAGUCUCUGGAUUCUGUCUGUAACGCUGGAGAACAGCAGCAGAUCCUGCAGACCAAACUCAACAUGUGUUCAGUUAAAUCGAUGCACAGUCGGAACCAAACAGAGAUUAAAACAGAACCCACAGAAAUAAAAACUGAACCUACAGAAGAUGAAGAUCACACUGAUGAUUUUAUUUCUUCAGAUGUGCAAAGUGAAUUAUGUUUGGAUAGAGAAAUAAUGUCCUCAACACCAAAAGAGCGACAUUUAGAGAGAAAAAACACAGAACAGAAACGCUUCACCAGAUCUAAGAUCAGCUUUACUACCUUACAAGAGAAGAAACUUCAUUUACAAAAGUACACAGAGAAGAAGAAGAAGCAGAAGAAAAAGAAGAAGAAGUUGUUUCACUGUCAGCAGUGUGGGAAAGAUUUUGACUUCUUAUCUCAGCUGAACGUUCACAUGAGGACACACAGUGGUGAAAAACCUUUCAACUGCACUGAAUGUGGCAAAUAUUUCCGCACCAAAGGAAAUCUUGGUGUUCAUCAGAGAAUUCACACAAGAGAAAAAACAUACAAUUGUCCUCCUUGUGAGAUGAAACUUUCCAAUGUCUCGUAUAUUAAGACACACAUGCGUUUACACACUAAUGAGAAAACAUAUCAGUGCAGUGAAUGUGAACAAACCUUCAGGGAUUCAAGUUCAUUGAAAUUGCACCAGAAGAUUCACUCUAAAGUGAAAUGCUUUCAAUGUUCACACUGUGAUAAGCGUUUCCGUCUUAAACGUAGUCUUAAAGCCCAUGAGAGAGUUCACACUGGAGAGAAACCUUACCUUUGCUCUCACUGUGGAAAGAGCUUCUCUGAUCCAAGUACUUUCAGAGUUCAUAAGAGAGUUCACACUGGAGAGAAACCUCAUCACUGUAAUGUUUGUGGGAAGAGUUUUAGAAAACGUUACCAUUUAGGGAUACACCAGAGAACUCAUACAGGUGAAAAACCUUACAAAUGCUCUCAGUGUGAGAAGACUUUUGCUCGAUUAUAUUCCUUAAAACUCCAUGAGAGAAUUCACACUGGAGAGAAACCUUACGUCUGUUCUCAAUGUGGAAAGAGCUUCUCUGAUCCAUCUCAUUUAACAAUUCAUCAGAGAGUUCACACCAGAGAGAAAAAUCAUCACUGUAAUGUUUGUGGGAAGAGUUUUAAACAACAUUGCUAUUUAGUGAGACACCAGAGAAUUCAUACAGGUGAAAAACCUUACAAAUGCUCUCAAUGUGAGAAGACUUUUGCUCAGUCAAAUAACUUAAAAAUCCAUGAGAGAAGUCAUAGUGGAGAGAAACCUUACCUUUGCUCUCACUGUGGAAGGACCUUCUCUGAUCCAAGUACUUUCAGAGUUCAUCAGAGAGUUCACACCGGAGAGAAACCUCAUCACUGUAAUGUUUGUGGGAAAAGUUUUAGAAAACGUGACCAUUUAGUGAGACACCAGAGACUUCAUACAGGUGAAAAACCUUACAAAUGCUCUCAAUGUGAGAUGAUGUUUACUCAGUUAUAUUCCUUAAAAAUCCAUGAGAGAAGUCACACUGUAGGGAAACUUUAGUUCUGAUCGAUCUGUGGAGAGAGAUUCACUAAUAGGAUCCAUCUGAAGAAACAUACUAAAGAACAAAGUACACUGAAAUCAUCACAGCGUCUCAAUCUGUAAGCCAGUCAAACCCAAAAGCUUUCUGCCAGUGGAGGUCAACAUUACAAGUUUUUAUGUAUUGGAGUUGAAGUUGGUUUAAAACCAGUGAUUUCUGAUGAUACUUUUUCUUCUUUUAUGUACGUACAAUCUGUCUAAACAUCUUUUGCAAAUACCAGAGAAAAUUCAGGGUUGUAAAGAGAAAAUGACAUAAACCUAAAAAUCAGUAAGUAUCAGUCAUUUCUCUUCUCAAUCACUGCCAGAAAACUUCUGACAGAUCAGAGUAGAAACAUACAUCUGUGUGUUAUUUCAUUUAUUGUUAAUUCAAUUAUAUAUAUUUACUAAUUUUUUAUUAUAAAUUGAUUUAUUUGAUCAUUCACUUUAGCAGUAAGAUUUGAAACAUAAUUCAAUAACAAAAUAAUAAUUUUAACAUAGAAAUGUUUUAGUUGUAUUUUUUGUUUUUGUUUUUUGUUCUGAAAAUAUCAUUACACAAUGUGUCCCAAUAUGUCUGAGUGCGUUAUAUGUUGUACAAUAAAAAAUGAAAACAAUAAUUGGACAUUUUACUAUAUUCUCUGGGCAUUUUCAGAAUAUUAAUGUGUAAUAAAAAUUAAGAAAUAGUGCAAGAAAGAUGUGUCCAUGACUUUUGAUCUCAUCCUCGACAUUUUUAAAAAACUGUUGACACAUAUAUUUACCUUAAAUUUGAUUUUGGGACCUUUGAAAUGGUUAACAGGUUACU